AUGAAGCUUGCGGGCCCGUUCCUGGUGCUCCUGAGCUUCAGCGCAUGCCAGACUGAAGUUCGAGAUCUUGUUUCUUCCUCUCACUCGACUUCCCAUGGAUCCCCGCAAUCCUUCCUCAUCGCACUGCACCGCGCCUCCUCGUCAAGACUCCCUCCUGCCAUGCAUGGCGCGCACACUGGGCUCACGGGGCCGGUCCGCCUUCGGGGAGGAGCUCAUUCGAGCUCUGGGGAUGCGAGCAAGAGGAAGCUGGUGAAGGCGAAGAGGAAGUUUCCUCCGAGAAACCCGUCGGAGAACUCCAUGAGCGAUCCGUAUCCCUCCAAGUCUCAAGUCGACAGCUCGACGCAGGACUCCAAGAAUCCCUUUGCUAGCAUAUUCCCUCCUGCACAGACUAAUUUCCCUGCUACCUCCAUCUUCUCCGCUUUCUCGUCUGCCGUCAAGUCUCCGAACUCGACUGUCUUUCCGAACCCUUUUGCUGCUGUUCCCUCCGCUAGCACAGGGGCAGCGGCAGCGGCAGGGGCAGGAGUAUCAGGGGGGGGAGGAGAUGUUCUACCGACAGGAUCCUCUAUCCAGCCGCCGAAUAUCUUCUCGUCGUUCUCGCAGAACGUGCCCGGGGCUCGCUCAGAUGCGCCGCCUGUCUUCGGCUUUCAACCCCCGUCGUCACACAACUUUGGCCCUCCAAGCUUCAACGUAUUCGGAGACAACAAUCAGCAGAAGACGUCUGUCUUUCCGGAUGCUGGCCAGCAGCUGCAGCCAGUGCCAGUACAACACCAGCAGACCGCACCAGGUCCUUCAGAUUGUCUUGUCCAGGCGGACGAGGAGGAGAAGUCGCCUACCCCUCCCUCUUUCCCCUUCGCUGCGGGAAAGCCGAUCUUUGAAAUCAACCGACCGGAUCUUCCGUCCUUUAGCUUCAAGGAAUCGACAGGAGGAAGCAUCAAGUUUGAUUCGCUGCCUUUCUUCAACGCAUCUCAGUCCUUCCGAGUCAUCAGCCAAGAAUGGUCGGAGGGAGAGUUCCUGGGACUGGCUAAGGGAGGGACGGCCAACUUUGGAUUCAUCCGACCCAAAGGAACCUCCGGGCCCAACAUCUUCGUGCACAAGAGCAACAUCCACGAUGAAGUGCAGACUGGAGACGUGGUGAAGUACCAGCUCGCCCCGCACGAGCCUCUGUCCAGCAAGAGUCCAGUGGGUGACAAGAACGAGAUGAAGAACGACAAGCUGCAAGCAGUGAAUGUGAGGCGGGCCGAUGGCAGCCAGGAGGACGCAGCAGCAGAAGUGCAACCAGCAUCGUCACUGCAGGGCUCGUUCCCUUUCCCUGCUCAGUCAAGUCUCCCGGCUCCAACUCCAACGAGCAACACAAACUUCUUCCCUUUCCCGGAGGUCUCGAACUCGACGCAUGCAGCAAGUCAGCUGCCCUUCUUCGACUUUCUUGCCAAGAGUGGAAGCAAGGAGCAGCAGGAGCAGACGAAUACCCCACAGCAGGAGAAGACGAGCACACAAGAGGAGGAGAAGACGACCACACGACAGCAGGAGCAGCCAAAGAAUGACUGGAGGUGUACGACUUGCCUUGUGAUGAACAAAGACAGUGUUAUGAGAUGUGUUUGCUGUGAGGCGGAAAACCAUCGGCAGUUGGUCCUCAACCCAAAUCCUCCCCGGCACAAUUUUUCCCAACAUCUUUUCCUGUGCCGAGAGAGGACCCUUCCAAGUCAACCACCCAGCAACAGCAACAGCAACAGCAGCAGCAGCAGCAGCAGCGAGAUCUCAUGUAUCGUAACCGAUCUUCCACGGGCUGUAGACUUUCUUAUGACGGUUGUCGGAUUGACGAUGAUGCGGCACGAGGAAUUUGCACAGAGCGUAGAGAAAGCGCAGGAGCUCAUCUCUAUCGCACGUCCUGUGGAACCAUCGCAACCGCGAGACCUCACGGAGAUUUUGAUCUUCAGCACUUCCGCCCUCUCCCGCCUCGUUGACUUCCAAGUCCCCUACCUCGAGACUCCCUCCGGCGUUGUCGCCCGCGUCCCUGGCGCUGCGCUCAAUGUCAAGAUUCUUCCUGCCCGCAGCCGGCAACUUACUCCUCACAUUUCUGCCAUCAUCAUCCCAACCAACAACAUGACGGUGGCUGCGGGGGCGAAGGAGCAGCGAGCGAAGGAGCUUCUGCCGCUCUCAUGCGUGCAGGGCCCAGAGGCCUGCAACAUGACCAUGACAAUCUUUGAGUCGCCUGAGGGGCUGGAGGUUGCUGCCGUCGACAAAGACUCGGUACUGAAGAUGUCAGCUUUGGAUCACUCAGCAGGUGAACGAGAGAGAGGAGAGGAGAGGAGAAAGGGGAAGAGGAGAGGAAAGCCACGAGAUUCGCCGCUAUCCACGAGUCAUCAGAACGGCCUGAGCUAG